GGGAAGGCGGCGCAGCAGCGGACCAGCCAGCCAGCCAGCCAGCCAGCAACCGGGUUCACCCCGACUAUGGCAGGCGAGCUGGAGGCUCCCGAGGCCGGCGGAGGUUGAAGCGCGGAGCCGGGGCUCGGCCAGCAGCAGCAGCAGCAGCAGCAGGAGGGGCGAGGCUCCCCCCUCCAGCCCAGCAUCGGCAUGGCUCGCUGGAUCCCCACCAAGCGGGAGAAAUAUGGCGUGGCCAUCUACAAUUACAAAGCAGUCCAGGAUGUGGAGCUCUCUUUACAGGUUGGGGAUACUGUUCACAUCCUGGAGAUGUAUGAAGGAUUUUGGGACUGGACCUGGUGGUGCGUGAUGAUAAUGGGAACAUACUGGAUCCAGAUGUUACCAGCAUGAUUUCCCUCUUUAAAGCACAUGAGACAGCAUCCAAAAGAAUUGAGGACAGGAUCCAAGAAGAAAAGUCUCUUCAACAGAAUGUAGACCGACGAGGACAGUCUAUCUUUAAUAAUACCCACACUUACAGCCUGUACAUCAAUUUCAAGAAUUUUGUCUGCAAUAUUGGUGAGGAUGCAGAGCUGCUUAUGAGCCUUUAUGAUCCAGACCAAUCCAAAUUUAUUAGUGAAAACUACCUGGUUCGCUGGGGAAGCAAUGGAAUGCCGAAGGAAAUUGAAAAGCUUAACAAUCUUCAAGCUGUCUUUACG